AAUGCGCCCCCUUAGUCUCACUCUGCCGCUGUUCCUGCAUUUAGGAAUCGCCAGUGCCACCUACACCUUGAGCGAUGUCAAGGCCCAGAUCUCAUCCUAUCUAGAUCAGAAUGGCACCCACACUGCACGAUCUACUCCUCCAUCCGGCUGCCAGCUUGCAUGCGGCUUCCUCAACUUCGCCUUGCCCCAACAUGUAUCAUAUCCGCAGAGUUCAACCUAUGAGUUCGAAGAAUCGCGAUACUGGUCGCAACAACAGGAACUCACGCGACCUUCUUGUCGCUUCUCUCCUACAUCGGCAGAAGAUAUAUCUCUAGCUGUGUUAACUUUUCGUGUCACCCAGUGCAAGUUUGCAGUCAAGAGUGGCGGCCAUGCUGCUUUCGCUGGGGCCUCAAACAUCGACAGUGGCGUGACAAUCGACUUGAUUCAUCUUAACCAGAUUUCUCUCUCAGCAGACAAAACUCAGGCUUCAAUUGGGGCAGGCAAUGUCUGGUAUGAUGUCUACACCUAUCUUCAACCCAAGAACGUCACCGUGAUUGGUGGAAGAGUGUCUGCCAUUGGCGUGGGAGGCUUGACCCUGGGAGGAGGCAUGUCGUUCUUCUCUAGUCAGUACGGAUGGGCUUGUGACAACGUGAACUCUUAUGAGGUUGUGCUUGCAGACGGUUCAAUCCGCCAAGUCAGCUAUUCUUCCCCAUACUCUGAUCUGUACUGGGCACUCCGCGGUGGAGGAAAUAACUUCGGUAUUGUGACAAGAUUCGAUCUAGCAGCAUACCCGCAAGGCGACCUCUGGGCUGGCUCGGACACUUUCUUAUACACAAAUGAGACUGCAGCCGCCAUUAACAAUGCUUUCUAUUAUCUCGGCGUCAACGCUCCUUCGGAUCCAUACGCCCAGGUCAUCAUUGCAUAUGCUUAUGCCCAAGCACAGGAUUUGUUCGUCAUUGCAUCUGACCUCCAGUAUGCAAAGCCGAUACCGAAUCCUCCCAUCUUACAAAACUUUACUUCGGUACCCGGUGCUAUUGCGAGCACACUUCGCAUUGUUGAUCUGGCUAAUCUCACGGUCGAGUUCAACAAUACUAACCCAGGUGGCUUCCGGCAAACGUACUGGACCUUUACGGUCCAAAACAGUGCUUCACUGAUGGCUGAUAUGGUCGCAAUCUACCAGGAAGAGGUUACAGCCAUUAAAGACGUUGCAGGCAUCGUUCCCUCAGCCGUCUUCCAACUCAUCACUACCGACAUGACUAAACAUUUCUCGAGAAACGGGGGAAACCCGCUCGGACUUGCCGGCCAGGGUCCCUUGAACUUGAUCAAUAUUGACAUUUCUUGGUCAAAUGCUUCUGAUGACGAGCGAGUUCUGGCUGCUGCACAAAAUAUGGUUAACCGCUCUAUUGCAGCCGCACGCGCUCAGGGCCUUGACCAUCCCUACCUUUACCAAAACUACGCCUCAUAUCAACAGGAUGUCUUUGCUAGCUACGGCGCGGAUAAUCUUGCGAAGCUGAAAUCAAUAAGCGCCAAAUAUGACCCACAGCAAGUGUGGCAAAAGCUGCAGCCAGGAUACUUUAAGCUGGGAUAAUUCCAAUUCCGAAGGAUAGACGCAGUCGGCACAUAUUCAGAAUAUGAUAUAAUAUCCCGUCUUCCAGCUUAAUAUGUAUUUUUUAUAUAUUGUAUAUACUACGAUUGAUAUAUUAUAUGCAAUUCCAUUUACGUCCC